AUGUCGGCAGACAGGAGCUCAAAUUCAAAUGCUUCCCUAGAUGAAAAAAACUUAAACAUCACUUCUGAAGCUGAAAUCAAAAAUGGAGACGUAACUGCAGAACCAGUUCUAAGUACGGUCUUAUCGCCCAAUGGUAAACUUGUUUACAUCAGUGACAAAGUUGACGAGGCCAUGAAACUGGCUGAGGAAGCCAGAGAAAUUGAGGUGACCCCACAAGAAGAUAAAAAACUACGUUGGAAAAUCGAUUAUUGUAUGUUUCCCCUAAUGUGUAUACUUUACGCUGUUCAGUUCAUGGACAAAAUCUCCACUAGUUCGGCGGCAGUGAUGGGAUUAAGAACUGACCUAAAAAUGCACGGUGACCAAUACUCAUGGGUCACUUCUGCCUUUUAUUUUGGUUACUUAUUUAUGAAUUUAGGCCCAGUACAGUUCAUUUUUCAAAGGACCAGCCACAUGUCUAAAAUGCUUGCAAUUUUUGUUGUAGUAUGGGGGUUACUAUUAGCGUUACACGCAGCUCCAACGGUCAAGUAUCCUUCUUUUAUUGUGUUGAGAGUGCUUUUAGGCUGUGCAGAAAGUGUUGUGACGCCAUGCUUCACCAUUAUUACUGCUCAGUACUGGAAAACAGAGGAACAGUUCACAAGAGUGUCAAUAUGGUUUGGUAUGAAUGGUCUUGGUUCUAUUUUAAUUAAUGCAAUUGCGUACGGUGUUUACAUUCACCAGGACUCUUAUGCUAUCAAGGGCUGGAGAGCCCUAUUUGUGAUUACCGGUGUGAUUACAAUCUUUAUUGGCAUCUUGAUAUUCCUUUGGAUUCCUGAUGAUCCAUCAAAGGCAAGAUUUUUGUCCAAGAGAGAAAAAUUAAUGGUUGUCCAAAGAAUCAGGUCCAACCAGCAAGGGUUUGGUAAUCACGAAAUUAAGAAAUAUCAAAUUAUCGAGGCUUUGAAAGACGUUAGGACAUGGCUAUACUUCCUCUUUACAGUGAGCUCUAAUAUUCCUAACGGUGGUAUUUCAAGUUUUAUGAGUAUUCUAUUGAAUACUGAUUUCGGGUAUACAUCAAAGGAAACAUUAUUAAUGGGUCUACCCACUGGUGCCGUUGAAUUGGUCGGGUGCCCACUUUUUGGUAUUUUGGCAGUUUACGCAGCCAAUAAGAAAGUACCAUUUUGGAAGUACAAGUUAAGCUGGGCUAUCUUUGCAGCCGUCUUAGCAUUGAUUGCCAGUUGUAUGCUAGGGUUUGCAAAUAACUCGAAAAAAGCAAGACUAGCAGGUGCUUAUCUAUGGUACAUUUCUCCUGUCUCAUUUAUUUGUGUGCUUUCCAAUAUCAGCGCAAAUUCCUCGGGCUAUAGUAAAAAAUGGACUGUUUCUUCAAUAAAUUUAGUUGCCUAUGCUGCAGCAAACUUGGCAGGACCCCAAACCUUUAUUGCUAAACAGGCUCCUAAAUAUCACGGCGCUAAAGUAGCUAUGGUCGUAUGCUAUGCCGUCAUGAUCGUACUUCUAUCGGCAAUACUUAUCAUUAAUAUAAGAGAGAAUAAGAGGCGUGAUAACAUAGCUGCCGAGAGAGGCUUUCCAGAAGAAGCGGAGAAUUUAGAGUUUUCUGAUUUAACGGAUUUUGAAAAUCCAAAUUUUAGAUACACCCUAUGA